UUCUAUGUAUCAAAGAAUAAAAAUUAAUAAAUUUUACAUUAUAACGAAACAGUUAGUACAGAUAUCACUUGAAAAGGUAACUAUUGAUUAAGUAAAUAGAAUUAGGUCGAGGUCAUUCCAACUCAUUUAUUUGUCUUGUUCUAUCAUUAGCUUUGCGCAAAAAGCUAUAAAAUGAUUGUAUAAAAUGUAGAGGCAUAAAGAUGUCAAUCGGUAAAUCGUCAUGAGCCGCCAUAUUGAACGAGACUCACGAAUGUUAGAUAUCGCGGAUUGUGCGCGGCAAUGCGACGCGCCACAUGCGCGCACCAGGUUUCGGCCGUUUCGGCGAGUUAACUCCGCAUUCGCUUUGCGAACAGCUAGACCAAACAAGCGCAACGCAUGCGCAACUGCGCAAACGCAACGCGCGCGGCGCGCGUCAACACAGGCCUAGGUAUUCCGAACUGAGCGGACGCGUGCAUAGAGCGUUUCUACGAAAUGUGCCGGUUUCUCGACGGUGGCGGCCAUUUUGCCAUUUGCAUGAUGUCACGGUGUGGCCUACUUCUGAACGGCUCCACGUGCGGAGGUCGUCGACCUGGGUUCUCUCUUCCAGUCCCCUUUUGCCUAGCUCUAUCCCCUCACCAAACUUUCGAACGAAUUGUGAGCGCCUUCGAAAGAUCGCCGAUGUACGAGAAAACAGAUUUCUUCUACCGCAAAUAUCCAACGCGAGUUGCUUGCAAACACUCGAAUAAUAACAAACGUUUAACGAUAAGCACCAGACAAAAAAGAUAAGAGCAACCGCUCUAAAAUACACCACUUUAUAAGAGAAGGAAAAUAACACGAUGGUAUAAGAGGGCGCAGAUCUGUGGAUCGAGGGUGAGGAAGGAUGAUGGGGGAGGUAAAACCAGGGCAUAAGUAUUGAUCCCGCGUCUGGGCGGUUGACACAUUUACCAAAAGAUACGUGAUCUAGUUUCAGUGGAAGAUAGUGCGAGUUAGAGCAAAAAGAGAGUAUUUAGACACCAAAUCAUCAUUAACGAAGCCAAUAAAAUCUUGAAACAUACUAUAGACAAUUUAUGCAUUUGCAUUUAAGCACAAAUCUAAAAAAUAAAAAAAAAGAACUGUAAUUUCACUCGAUGAACACUACAAAAUUCUUUACUAUAAAAGUUUAUAAAAACGUUGUUUUAUUCAGAACUCAUCUUUUCACAAAAAGUGAAGUUACAGACAAUAUAUAAAUAAUAAAUUCUUAAAUGUAUAAUUUUCCAAUAAAUCUCUAUUUUGUAAAAUGUAUUGAUAAAUGCUUAUAACAUUAUAGUAUGUUUCUUCUAAUAAUAAUAUAAAUAGCACUGAAUUGAUGCCACUUCCGAUCUAUGAAAAUCACUAUUAUUUCCCUAGGAAUGUAAAAUGUAUAAAAUUCCAGCCUAUAUCCAAAGAAAGCUUUGCUACCGAUUUCGGGACCAUUGCCAUAUAGAUCAGUAUUGAGUAUAAUAUAUACGUAUAUAAAACUGCUGAUUACUAAUCUCAAAUCUAAUCGCUAUUCCUCUCAUCCAACGACUAAUAGAUUUAGAACAAUUUUAGCGUAAUGCUUCUUUACUGACAAAGACAAACUAUUGUGUCAUCGCUCGCAAUUGUUGUGCAUUACAUUGUGCUAUGUAAUAAUACGCUAAUACGAUCCACUACAUAAUGCUACAAACGCUGCAUAUAGACUGAUUAAUUACACAAUGUGUAACAAUUGCAUUCAAAAAAGCAGACAAAAAGGAAAAAAAUUAAGAGAGAAAAGAGAAGAAAAAGAACAAGUGCAAAUCCGUAAAUAAGGAAACCAAGACAAAUUGAAAAUUCUACCGUAUAUGAUAACAAUUGAAAUUCAGUGAUCGAUGUAUUGUUUUAUGCGGAUAUGUU